AUGGCUUCCUCUCCAACCCCCUCCUCCUCCUUGCCUUGUGAGGUUGGCUGAGUGUAAUUGUGUGUUGGGUUGGAUUAGUAUGAUUAUGUGUGUUGGGCUCCAUGUGAUUGUGUGUGGGAUUGGCUGGGCAUGAUUGUAUGGCAGUUGGUUGAGUGUGAUUGUUUGGUGUGGUUGACUGUGUGUGUUUGCGUGCAGGGUUGCUAAGUGUGGUUGAGUGUGAUUAUGUGGGAGUGUUAUAUAUUUUACCUUUGAAAUAUAUUUUACGAAUAUUUGCAGACAUUGAGAGAGUGAACUCCAAAAAUGAAACUGGAUUCGGAGACAUAAAUAGGACAGAAUUACCAAUUAAAAAAGGUAAACCUGUAAGCAUACUUUUCUUUGUUUGUCAACCUAAUGCAUUGUCCUCAACGUUAACAUCAGUUUGUAUUUAUUCCAUAUAUUAUUUUGUUUAACAUUGUCCUGGACACCCAUGGAAUGUUAUUAGAAUAUUGAUAGACAAUUGCUGCUCCCAGAACUUGUAUCAACCAUUUAUAAUGUAUAUACUGGAGGAUAAAUCACCUUUUAAAUUGUCUCUCUGGGACAGAUGCGGUUGUUUAUUGGAAUUAUUGAUUAUUCAAAGAUGAUAUAAUCUCGGUAAGAGAUUGUAAUCAAACUGUACUAGGGAGGUUUUCAUGACUGAUUUUGGGAACUUUAUAGUGCUUUAUAGUGGCGUUCCUUGUUAUUUUGAAUGCUUAAUGCCAAAUAUUCUACAAUUUGCCCUCGAUAGUUUGCCCCUGUCCCCUAGUCAUUUGUGAUUUUAUAUUCAUCUAAAUACUAGUCUGCUAAGCAAAUGGCAGUAAAACAGUGGACUUUGUACCCAUGUGAUAAGAGUAUCUUUACUAUAAUUGUGUAAGCGGAAAAUAUUCUUUUGGGCUGAAUCACUUUUGCAAAAAAGGAAAGAGAAUUUUAGGACACCCAAAUUUCAGCAAUAUGGCAGUUCGGCUCUGCCCAUUUUCUUUAUGAACGAUUUGGAAAACAAAUAAGACAAACCAAAAGGCGUGGAAAUGGACCAAUCAGUGUAGUGCAAAAUGUAUGCACACUAUAAAUACUAUGUAUAUAUUUUAUAGUACACUGAUAGGUGCAUUUUACCACCUAUUGGUUCACAGAUCAAGUGAGAAAAAGUAAACAAUAGAGGAAAAAAGUGGAGGAGCAGAAAAAAAACUAUAUAAAUAUAUUAGAUAUUUAUAAAUUUUUUAAUAUAUGACUAUAGAUACUUUUUACUGCUCCUUAUUUUUUUCUCAGAUCACUUCUCACUUGAUCUGUGAAUAAAAUUAACAUUUAGAGACUAUCCUCUAGCCAUCAGUCAUCUAUUUGUUAAGAAUUACAAAUCAAAAUGAACAUGCUCGUUCAAUUGCUCAUUUCGUUUGGUUCGUGAUACGGCUUACAUUUUGGCUUGGAGUUUGGGAAUUAAACCUUUCAACCUAAAUUCCACCUUUCGGCCUAAAUUGGAAACAUUAGAAUCUCCACAUCUAAUGUUUGCCUUAAUGUCCAUAUGGGAGCUGCCAUCAAAUUGUGCUAAUUAUUUCCCCAUAUAUUUUUAGACCUCUGGCUACCUAUGUAGGAUUUUCCAUUUACUUUACUGCUACUUACUUUUUACCCUAUGGAUAAUAAUUAAAUACAAGCAGGUCAUAUCCAUUGUAUGUGGAUACAUAAUUUUAUUGAUGUUACAUAUUUCAUAAAAAUAGAUAACGUCCAUUUAAAAAUACCUGUGAUAAAAUACUGCAUAUUUGUAAUAUAUUUUUUACCAUUUUAUUUUGCAAAGAGUCAACAAUUCUGACAAGAAUUAAAAGAUGCUGGAACAAAGGUAAAAAGCUUGUUUAAUUAAAAAAAAAAAAGACCUUUAUACAGAAAUAAACAAUAUUGCAUGAAUUAGACUUGUAAAUGUUAAAAAUAAAAACGAAAAACGGAUUGCUAAUUUUAGUUAUUGCAUUUUAAAGUUCUUAUAAAAUGCGCUUAUCCAGAAAAAACCCUGAUAAAUUAAGAAAAAAUAACAUAAGUACGUUUCAUUAAUGAACCUGAGCCUGUUGAAAUUCUUUAGGGGUUUAUCUGCACACAGGCUUAUUUAAUGAAAGUUACCAAAUCAACUUUUUAUAAACCCCGUUUGUAACACCUCCCGACUCUCAAGCAGAAAGCCCUUGAUGGUGUGAGUGGAUAAGUAGUGCUUUCAAUGCUUUAAUUCAGGGGUUCCCAUAAGGUAGAUCCCCAGAUAUUGUAGAACUACAACUCCCAUGAUGUUUUGCAUGCCUUUGCAUUCCUUUAGGGUAACAAAGCAUCAUGGAAGUUUUAGUUUUAAAACAUCUGGGGCUAUAUUUUUUGGGCACCCCUGCUUUAAUUGAUUUAACCUUUUCCGUGUUGAAAGUUGGGAAGGGGCAGCUAUUAAUCCAAAGAGUUUAACCUCUUAAGGACGGAGCCAAAUGUACACGUUGUGAACAAAACAAAAUGUAAACAAAACCUGGCAUUUGCGCUACAUGUCUGUCCAACCGUAAUUUACCUCUUUCAUAGUAAAUGCACCCACACUUAUUAUAUAUCAUUUUGUUCAGGAGAAACAGGGCUUUCAUUUCAUAUCAAAUAUUUAUAUAUGAAACAUAAUUUAUUAUGAAUAAAAUUUAAAAAACUGUGAGAAUUUUUUUUUUUUAAUUUGUAGUUCCGCCUCACAUUUUAGCUGUAAAUGUCAUAAUACUGUUAGGUUUUACUGCAAAAAAAUGCACAUAUUUGUAAUCAACGAUGUCUCACGAGUACAACAGUACCCCCCAUUACCAGGUUUUAUGGUGUUUUGGAAAGUUACAGGGUCAAAUAUAGAACAUUCCAUUUUCACAUUGAAAUUUGCCAGAUUGGUAAUGUUACCUUUGAGACGGUGUGGUAGCCCAGGAAUGAGAAUUACCCCCAUAAUGGCAGACCAUUUGAAAAACUAGACAAUCCAAGGUAUUGAACGUGGGGUAUGUUUAAUCUUUUUUAGUAGCCACUUAGUCACAAACACUGGCCAAAGUUAGCGUUCAUAUUUGGUUUUUUUUGUGAAAAAAGCAAAAAAACUAAUAUUUGGCCAGUGUUUGUGACUAAGUGGCUACUAAAAAUGACUGGACAUACUCCAUUUGCAAUACCUUGGGUUGUCUACUUUUGCAAAUGGUAUGCCAUCAUGGGGGUAAUACUUAUUCCUGGGCUACUAUACGGUCUCAAAGGCAACAUAACCAAUCUGGCAAAUUUCAAUGUCAACAAAAUGAAGCCUUAUAUGUGGGGGUACUGUUAUUCUCGGGAGACUUCACUAAACACAAAUAUUAGUGUUUUAAAACAGUAAAACAUAUUACAACAAUAAUAUAGUCCAUAAACAUGACGUUCGUUUGUAAAACAUGCAAAAACGUCACUUUUACCUAAAAUAUCAUCGUUGUAAUACAAUUUACCAGUUUGAAACACUAAUAUUUGAGUUCAGCAAAGUCUCCCGAGUAAAACAGUACCCCCUAUGUACAGGUUUUAUGGAGUCUUGGAGAGUUACAGGGUCAAAUAUAGUGCUUGCAAAUUAAAUUCUCUGCACUUUCUCCCUGUGUUGUCAGGCAUGUAAAUCAAAUUUUAAUUAAUCAAAUUACAUAAUUAUGUUAAAAGAUUACUUAAAUAUACACGUAGAAUUUUAAUAUAUAUGCAUUUAUAGGUAUUUAAAUUCUACGUGUAUACUAAUGUAAUCUUUUAUGUAAUUAUAUGUAUUUAUCUAUAUAUAUUUAUUUGCGGUUAUUUGUAUUUUAUAUAUAGAUAGAUAUAUAUAGAAUGUCAUUCUAAGUGUAUUUUGUUACCAAUAUAUAUAUAUAUAUAUAUAUAUAUAUAUAUUAAUAACAAAAUACAGUUAGAAUAAAAUUACAUAUGAAUAUAUAAUUUAUAUAAAAUUUUGUUACAAUAUUUUAUUUAUUUAUUUUAUUAUUUUAUUUAUUUAUUAUUGUAAUUAUAUGUAUAUAUAUAUAUAUAUGUGUAUAUAUCUAUUAUAUAUAAUAUAGAUACAUAUUAUAUAUAUGUAACGUCAUUAUAAGUGUAUUUUAAUAUUAAUAUAUACUUAUAUUAAUAUUAAAAUACAUUACGUAUGACGUUAUAUGUAUAUAAUAUGUAUAUAUAUUAUAUAUAUAAUAUAUACACAUAUAUUAUAUAUAUAAAAAUAUAUUUAAUUUAUUUUAACAUGUUUAUUUUUUAUUUCUUUUACACUUUCCACCAGCAGGGGGACUGUCUGCUAUUUCAGACAGCCCCCCUGCUGGCAGAUCCACAGCCAGCUAUAGGGGGCCAUGUGAUCUUUGAGAGCGAUCACAUGGCCCCCGGGGGCCUCAUUCACCGGAGGAGGGCUGCCUGGGCGGUCUGGCAGCCCUCCAGAAGAGGAUCGCGGCGGAGGUAGGUACCGCCGGUCCUCUGGGGCUCAAAGCCGUUACGGCGUUCUAUGCCGCCGCAACGGCUUUAAAGCCCAUUAAAGCCGCGACGGCAUAGAACGCCGUAACGGCGGGAAGGGGUUAAGGAACACUCCAAAAUAUAUAUAUUUAAAUAUAUAUAUUUUCUCACCCCUCCUGGGUGGUAUGUUUAUUCCUCAUUCUCGGGUCCUCUACCAGAUGCCUGUGAGUUUGAGAGUUCUGCGCAGUAUCUUAGCUGUUCCUAGAAUUGCACUCUUCUGGACAGCGUUCUCAGAUGUCCCACCUGGAAUCUGUUGGCGCCACUCACCCAACUUGGGAGUCACAGCCACGAGUGCUCCUAUCACAACUGGGACUACUACUGCCUUCACUUUCCACAUCCUUUCUAGUUCUUAUUUCAGUCCUUGGUAUUUGUCCACCUUCUCAUGUUCCUUCUUCCUGAUGUUAUAGUCACUGGAUAUUGCCACAUCCACCACGACUGCAGUCUUUCGUUCCUUGUCUACCACCACAAUGUCUGGUUGGUGGCCAGCACUUGCUUGUCUGUCUGGAUCUUGAAGUCCCACAGGAUCUUAGCCCUGUCAUUCUCAAGUACCUUUUGUGGUAUCUCCCAUCUGGACUUAGGCAGGUCCAAUCCAUAUUCUGUGCAGAUGUUUUGGUACACAAUCCCAGCAACUUGGUUGUGUCUCUCCGUGUAUGCUUUUCCUGCUAACAUCUUGCACCCGGCUACUAGGUGCUGGACUGUCUCAGAGGCCUCUUUGCACAGUCUGCACCUUGGGUCUUGCCUGUUGUGGUAGACUCCAGCUUCUAUUGAUCUGGUGCUGAGUGCCUGCUCCUGUGCUGCUAGGAUUAGUGCCUCAGUGCUGUCUUUCAGUCCUGCCUUUUCCAACCACUGAUAGGAUUUUGUCAUGUGAGCCACAUCCACUAUCUGCCAGUUGUACACCCCAUGGAGAGGUUUGUCUUGCCAAGGAACCUCCUCUUUUCUGCAGCCUUGAUCUGAGAACGUCUCAUGCAUUCCCUUAGCAGUUCAUCUUUGGGAGCCAUCUUCGUGAUGUACUUGUGGAUGAUCUGUGUUUCAUGCAGGACUAUGGCCUUGACACUCAUCAGGCCCCGACCUCCUUUCUUCCAGCAGGUGUACAGUCUCUGGGUACUCCAUUCACAGUAAGUAGUUUCCUGGUCUUGACAUCCAUGGUGACCAGUUCUUCUCUUGGCCAGGUUAUUAUUCCAGCUGGGUAUCUGAUGACCAGUAGGGCAUAUGUGUUGAUGGCUUGGAUAUUGUUCUUGCCAUUGAGCAGGGACUUCAGGACCUGUAUGACUCUUUGGAGGUACUUGGAUGUUGCUGUCCUCCUUGCCUCUUCCUCAUGGUUACCAUGCAUUUGUGGUUUCUCCAGGUACUUGUAGCUGUUCUCUACAUCUUUUAUAUGGCUUUCUGGAACUUCAACUCCUUCUGUCCUGAUCAUCUUCCCUCUUUUUGCUAUCAUCCGCCCGUACUUUUCUAGUCCGAAUGACAUUCCGAUGUCCUUGCUGUAUAUCUUAGUUAGGUGGAUCAGUGAGUCAAUGUCUCACUCAUUCUUGGCAUACAGCUUGAUGUGGUCCAUGUAGAGUAGGUGGCUGAUGAUAGCUCCACUCUUGUACCUGUAUCCGUAUCCACUCUUCUUGAUGAUGUGGCUAAGGGGUUGAGGCCUAUGCAGAACAGCAUUGGGGAUAGCGUAUCACCUUGGUAUAGGCCAUAUUUAAUGUUCACUUUAGUUAUUGUCCUGGAAUUGGCUUCUAGAGUUGUUUUCCACUUGCCCAUCAAGUUCUUGAUGAAGGCUCUUAUUGUCUUGCUGACCUUGUAGAGAGCCAAGCAUUCCAGUAUCCGUGUGUGGCGUUGUGUCAUAGGCUUUCUUGUAGUCAAUCCAGGCCGUACACAGAUUGGUCUGUCUGGUCUUAGAAUUCCUUGUGACUGCUUGGUCUACCAGUAGUUGGUGUUCUGAUCAUCUGGUGUUGUUUCCAAUCCCAUUCUGAGUAUUUCUCACAUAUUGACUCAUAUGCCCUUGAAUCUUGAAGGCUUUAAUGCCUGAUAGGAGUUUCCAUGUUGUGGGCAGGCAGGUUAUUGGUCAGUAGUUGGAUGGUGGUGUUCCCUUGUGAGGGUCUUUCGUAACCAGUUUUGUUCUGUCUUGUGUUAGCCAGUCAGGCUGGGAGCCUAUUGCUAGUAGCUGGUUCAUUUGUGCUGCUAGGCGUUCAUGCAGUGCUGUUAACUUCUUUAUCCAGUAGUUGUGGAUCAUGUCAGGUCCUGGGGCUGACCAGCUCUUCAUGUGUGCUGCUCUCUGUUGGAUAUCUUCGAAUGUGAUGAUAACUGUUUUUUUUCUUAGAACAUGAAAAACUGACAAAAGUUUAAUUUGUUUUACAUGUGAUUUUACAAUUUGACCCAUGAUUAAGAACAGUACUUUUUUUUUCUUUUAAUUGACCUUGCACACUUUUAAAUGUUGAUUGUUUUACUUUUUUAUUCAGAUAAUGUUCUUCUUUCCCUUUUCAGUUAUUCCAGGAAAGCCCAUUUUGGCCAGAGUGGUGGUUGCCUCUAUUUUUUUCUUUGCCAUGGCAAUAGGGACAGGCAUGUACCUUGUUGUUCGAGUACAGUAAGUUUCAUGCAGUCUUUUUACUUGAAAUAUGAAUGAAUGAAUGAAUUAAUUAAUUAAAGAAAAAGUCUCCACUGUAUCAACUGGAUACACCAAAGAAUUAUCCAAUUGAAAUUAUAUAAAUAACAAGCAUACAAAUGCUUGCAAAAAUGUUGUCCAAAAAACCUAUAAUCCCAACAACUCUUCAAAGGAAAUUUAGUACAAAUUGGAAAGUCAAUAGUACCAUAGAGUAAGAUCUGUUCAGUAAUAUGUAAUUGUUAAGCUGCUGACUUGGUUAAGGAGCUUGUUUCUCCACUUGGAGACAAAAAGCACUGUAUAAGUAGGUAUUAUUAUGAUAAAUAUGAUUAGGAAUAGGAGGGGUAAUCGUAUGUUAGGAAGAGGAAGCGUAUGGAUAUGAUGACUUUAAAAUGUUCAGCAUAAUUAUAGAGAUGCUAUAUAUAUUGAUAAUAGCACAUCAGUUUUAGAACUAUGUUUUAUAAUACAGAACAUAAUUGAAGCACAUUGUAGACUUGCAUACUAAGUGAACUUUUAAUUUGAUUAAAAAAAAUAUUAUGCUUCUUACUGUUUGGUUUUAUCUUGGUUCAUUGGGAGACAAUUUUGUCUCAUUGAAAUUACAUACAUAAAAUGAAUUUUAAAACCCAAAGAAAAAAAGUUACCUGCACUCUUUCCCAAAUCCCUAUGUAUAUUUAAACUAAUGGAGGUUAUUUAGUUACUCCAAUGGCCAUUAGAGGGAAAUGCCCACCUGCCACGUCAAGGCAAACCUCCUAGGUGGGUCCUACACUAACCAUUCACCUUUCUUCCUUGAGCUUCUGGCAAAGAUGUCUCUAAUGAGACAGAGAGGGGUCCCCUCUUGUGCCAUUCUUUGUGCCCCUCCUGUGCCCUCUUAAGUCCUAUCCCCUCGUGUGCUCUCCUUUGUCCCCCCUACUGUGCCCUUUUUAGCCCCCCUCAUGUGCCCUUCUUUGUUCCCCCGUGUCAUCUUUAGCCCCCCUCCGCUUCUGUGCCCUUUUUUGUCGUCACACCCCUCCUACCUCCGGGGCCCUAUUUGGCCUCCCUCCUCUAGUGUGCCUGCUAAGGCUCACCUGAGGUGGUCCUUGGUAGAAGAACCUCUGCUUCUGACAGGAAACAGUUCUGUGCUCUCGAUAAGCACUUCCUGUUGGACUGGCUAGGGGAACAGAGGCUUCUCUACCGCUGUCCACCUGCUCAGACACACUACAUUUUGUGACCAGCAGGAGGGGAGCUCAUUGCACAGCGCUCCCCUCCUGCCGGUCACAAAAUUUAGAGUGUCUGAGCAGGUGGACAGCUGGUCACUGGGAGAAGGCAUCCCCCUGAAGGUUGGUACCCAGGACGGACGCCCUCGCCGCCAGCUUAGUAUGCCACUGGCGUCUGCCCUAUAAACCGCCAUUACUGUGUUUAAGGAACAAACAGUGACUUAUUUGCCCCUCACACAUUGAUAAUGGGGGAGUGGUAAAAUGACAGAUGGUGAACUGUCUUUAAAAUUAAGGUUAGGGUUUCUGAUAUUUUAUUUAACCUUUAAAAUGUCCAAAACCUGUUUGACAUGGUGAGCCACAACAUUUGUUAUACUUUUCAAAACCCUUUAAGGCUACAGUAAUUUCAUAAUAUCUUUUUGUGGGAUUUGGAAUGUUAAAAUUCACUAGUAUUGAAAACAUCUAUGGAACACGCUCAUUCGGUGUCUCCUUUUCUAAUGAUACCGCCUCCAUUCAUCCUGUCUCAGUUGGAUUUCCCCGAGGCUCUGUCCUUGGUCCCCUUCUAAUUUCUCUUGGCAAACUUAUUGCCUCAUUUGGAUUCCACUUCCACCUGUACGCUGAAGACACCCAGAUAUAUCUCUUCUCCCUGGACCUCUCCCCUGCCGUCCUGCAACGUGUCACUGCUUGCCUUUCCUCCAUCUCUGACUGGAUCUCCUCCCACCUUCUAAAACUAAAUCUUUCUAAAACUCCUUGUCUUUCCGCCUCCUAACACUGAUCUUCUUCUUUCGCUCUCCCUUCAAGUCAGUGGUAUCCACAUCAAUCCAUCCUUGCAAGUGCGCUGUCUUGGUGUCAUAUUUGAUUCUAGCCUCACCUUUGAGCUUCACAUCCAGUAUGUUACCAAAUCCUGUAGAUUCCAUCUUAAAAACAUAACCCUCAUCCGCCCCUUUCUCACGCAAGAUGGUACCAAAGAGCUUGUCUAUGCUCUAGUAAUUUCCCGCAUGGAUUAUUGUAACCCUCUCCCAAUUGGUCUUCCCAAAAACCGUAUUGCCCCACUACAGUCUGUAAUGAAUGCUGCUGCCAGACUGAUUUUCCUCUCUAGUUGGUCCUCUCAGACCUCACCCCUUUGUCAGUCCUUACAUUGGCUUCCUGCAUCCUAUAGGAGUCAAAUCAAAGUGCUAACCCAUACCUAUAAAGCACUGACCAAUUAUAGCCCCUCUUAUAUCUCUUCACAGAUUCAUAGGUAUGCCGCUUCUCAGUCUCUCUGCUCUGCCCGUGACCUUCUCCUGUCCACUACUCGCACCCGUACGGCCAGCUCACGCUUGCAAGUCUUCCUAUGAAACAGCCUGCCUACCCCCAUCAGACUCUCCCCUAGUCUUCAAUCGUUUAAGAAAUGCCUUAAAACCCAUCUUGUUAGGAAAGCUUAUGGCCUCCCAGAGUAACCUCUACCUCACACACCUGUCUCUUGCUCUCUCCUGAAAGGCAGCACUCUGCUCUCUCCUCCAGCUCUGCUUCACUCCUACCUAUUUUGAUUGCUAUUCCCUGUCCUAAUGUGUUUUAUACCCCACCUCCUAUAGACUGUAAGCUUGUUUGAGCAGGUUCCUCUUCAACCUAUCGUUCCUGUCAGUUUUCUUAUAAUUGUCCUAUUUAUAGCUAAAUCCCCUUUCUUAUAAUAUUGUAAAGCGCUACGAAAUCCGUUGGCGCAAUAUAAAUGGCAAUAAUAAUAAUAAUUGCAACCAUUUUAAAUCUAAAGGCUGAAUAUUUCCUUAAAAUCUAUUUUAGCAUGUAUCAUAAUACGGUCAUUCAAAAGAUCCUCGAAGAACUUUAUACCGGAGCUAGAAAAGUGAAACCAUAUUAUAAACCGGAUUCAUUUAAGGAAUCACAAGACUCAGGUAACCUUCAUUAUGGUAUCUAUGAAUAA